UCAUAGACAAACUUGCACAAGAUAGAUCAGCUCUGUUGUAAUUAUGCAUUUAAAACUCCACACGUAUCUGUCUACCUGCUUCUCUAUGAUAAUUGGUGAAUUCCGACAGCCCCUGAACGCGGCAAACAACGCUGCAGCGGCUGUUUCUAGGCAACCGUUUGUGUGUGACAGGAGUCAAACAGGCGUUAAACUGAGUGUUGUUGGCGGAAAACGGCUCGUUUGAAGCGUUUUUCAGAGACAGAGCUGCUCUAGUUCCUCCAUGAUGGCUGAAGAGGUUCAGGACGUCCCGCAGCUGCAGGUGGAGAACGUUCUCGGCUUCAGCGGACAUGUGUUUUCUGGACUGAGAGUCCAUCCGGACCGGGAGUUCCUAAUCUAUCCUCUGGGAUGUACGGUGAUUCUGAAGAACAUCUCCGAUGGGAAACAGCAGAUCCUGCUCGGACACACGAGCAGCGUGUCCUGCUUGUCGGUGUCCAAAAGUGGAUCGUACAUUGCCUCGGGCCAAGUCAGCUCUGUAGGCUCCAAGGCAACAAUAAUCAUCUGGAACUACGCUGAGAGAGGAAUCCACGCCAAACUGGAUCUUCACAAGACUACGGUUGAAGCAGUAGCCUUCUCUCCCAGUGACAAGUACCUGGUGUCCCUGGGGGGUCCGGAUGACAACAGAAUAGUGGUUUGGAAUAUCGAGACCAAGCUUCCGAUCUGUGUAAGUUCAGCUUUGCUCCGCAGCUCUGAACCCUGCCUCACGCUACAAUACUUCAACACCAACGAUGACUUCUUCGUUUCUGCUGGGAGCGGAACAAUACAAAUUUGGAAGCUGAAUCUCACCGACAGAAAGAUCCAUCCCACAGGAUGUAACACCGGCAAGCUGAAGAGGAUAGUGAAAUGUUUGGAGAUUUCGGAGGACGAUCAGUUCCUUUUCUGUGGAACAACAAGUGGAGACAUAAUGAAAAUCAACCUGAAGUCAGCGCUUCUGAGUAACUCUGGUCCAGUUAUAGGGCCGUUGAGCCUGGGUGUCAAUGUUGUCAAGAUCCUAAAAUCCGGAGACCUACUUGUGGGUUCUGGAGCUGGCGUGUUAGCUUUAUGUUCCAAAACGAGCUUCAAACCUCUUAAGAAGGUUCAGCUGGAAAAGGGGGUGACCUCCAUCACUGGAAGUGAUGAGGAGCAGCAGUUCUUCAUUGGUACAGAGGCUGCUCAGAUGUACCGCUUCAGUCUGGAGGAUUUCACAGCUGAGGCUAUUUCCUCCAGCCACAGCAGUGCUGUCAGAGACGUGGCCAUCCCUUCUGGAACAUCUGAGCUGUUUGCAACGUGCUCUAAUGACAUCAGGCUGUGGUCCGUUAAGAAACCCAAAGAGGUUCUGUGCAUCACUGUGCCUCACGUGACAUGCAACGCCCUGGACUUUAUGGUUGAUGGAAGCAGCAUCAUCAGUGCGUGGGAUGAUGGUAAGAUCCGUGUGUUUACAUUGGAAACUGGACGUCUGAUGCACACCAUUCACAGUGCCCACAAGCAGGGCGUGACAGCCAUCGCUGGAACUAGAGACGGCAGAAGGAUCAUCAGUGGAGGUGGCCAAGGAGAGGUGCACGUUUGGGAGUUGCUACCUCACAACCAUCGUCUGCUGGGGAUCAUGAAGGAGCACAAAGCUGCUGUCCUGUGCGUUAAAGUCACGAAGGAUGACAAGGAGUGUGUCUCAGCCAGCCAGGACGGCACCUGCGUCAUCUGGGACCUGGUAAAACUUGUGAGCAUCAAACUAAUGAAAGCCAGCACCCUCCGGACCGUGUGCUACCAUCCAGAGGAAUUCCAGAUCCUCACCAGCGGCACCAACAGCAAAAUUGUUUACUGGAUGGUGUUUGAGGACUCUCCCAUCAGAGUGGUGGACGGCUCCCUGUAUGGAUCUAUCAACGACAUGGAUGUCACACAGGACGGCAAAUACUUUGUUACAGGUGGAGAGGACCAACAGGUGAGAGUUUGGGACUAUGUGAAAGGUGUUGUGACCCAUGUGGGCAGAGCUCAUGGCGGCAGCAUCACCAGCAUCAAGGUCUGCCCCAACAGCCGCGUCCUGCUCAGUACCAGUGCAGAUGGAGGCAUCAUCCGAUGGAAGUUCCCUCACCCCUCUUCUUAAAUCAGACCUUUACUCUUUGUUCUUUGUUUUAUAAACAUUGUUGCUUGACAUCUCUGAUGUUGUAGUGAGUUCACGCUCAGAGGAAGAUAAAGGAAUUACCAACA